AUGCCCGGCCGCCUCCAAGACCGCAUAGCCAUCAUAACCGGCUCCUCCUCCGGCAUAGGCCGAGCAACAGCCUUCGCCAUGUCAUCCGAAGGCGCAAAAAUCGUCUGUUCCGACCUGCAAGAAGGCAGUUGGCGCACCGACUCACCCCCCGAAGACGAAAUGAAUGGCCCAACACACGAAAGAAUCAACUCCCGCGGCGGCAAAGCGAUUUUCGUAAAAACAGACGUCACAGAUCCCGAUCAAAUGCAAGCUUUGAUCAAAACUGCCGUGCAGGAGUUUGGGAGGUUGGAUAUCAUGGUCAACAACGCCGGCUUCGCCCUCGAAUCCCGCACUCCAGCACCCAUCUGGGAAACCCCCAUCGAAACCUACCAGCAAACAAUAAACGCCAACGUCCACGGAGUCUUUUACGGCACGAAAUUCGCCUCCGCGCAAAUGAUCACCCAAACCCCGCUGGCAAGCGGCGAUAGAGGCUGGAUAUUAAACGCCGCGUCAGUCUACGGCCUCGUGGGGACGGCUUCCGCACCGGCAUACUGUACAUCGAAAGGUGCCGUGGCGAAUUUGACGCGAGCGGCGGCGUUGGAUUGUGCGCCGUGGAGGGUGCAUGUGAAUGCGGUGAAUCCCGGGUAUGUGGCGACGCAUAUGACGGAUGUGAUUUUUGGGGAUGAGGGGGUGAGGGGGCAGGUGGAGGCUUUGCAUCCGUUUCGCGGCAUGGGGAGGCCGGAGGAUGUUGCGAAGGCGUAUGUGUUUUUGGCGAGUGAUGAUGCGCAGUGGAUGACGGGGGUGAAUAUGCCUGUGGAUGGAGGGUUUUUGGCGAGGUGA